CGUUGAUCUGUGCACGUACAACACACCAUGCCGACUUUGCGGCGUUCUCUGCUACCGAUCAUCCUCCUGCAGUUGCACACCCUCUCCGGCGGGCCGGCGGCGGCGAAGGUCCCGGCGCUGAUCGUGUUCGGCGACUCGACGGUCGACACGGGCAACAACAACUACAUCGCCACGGUCAUCAGGAGCGACUUCGCGCCCUACGGCCGCGACCUCCGGGUGGGCGGCGGCAGCGGCCAGCCCACUGGCCGGUUCUCCAACGGCCGCCUCGCCAUCGACUUCAUCUCGGAGGCUUUCGGGCUGCCGCCGCUCGUGCCGGCGUACCUGGACCCCAACGCCGACAUGAGCAGCCUUGCGACGGGCGCCUGCUUCGCCUCUGCCGGCGCCGGCUACGACAACGCCACGUCCGAUCUUUUCUCCGUCCUGCCGCUGUGGAAGGAGCUGGACUACUUCAAGGAGUACGCCGCCAAGCUCCGAAGCUUCCUGGGCGACGACAAGGCCCAGGAGACGCUGUCGGAGGCGCUCUACAUCGUCAGCAUGGGCACCAACGACUUCCUGGAGAACUACUACGCCGUGCCGUCGGGCCGCGCGGCGCAGUACGCCGCGGCGUCGGACUACGCCGGCUACCUCCUCGGCGUCGCGGAGGCGUUCGCGCGCGCGCUGCACGCGCUGGGCGCGCGCAAGCUGGACCUCAACGGGCUCCCGCCGAUGGGGUGCCUCCCGCUGGAGCGCCGCGCGGCGACGGGCGCGUGCACCGAGGAGUACAACGCCGUGGCGGCGGGGUUCAACGCGGGGCUCCGCGACCUGGUGGCGCGGCUCGACGGCGGCCUAGGCGGCGGCGCCAGGGUGGUGUACGGCGACGUGUACGGCGCCGUGGCGGACGUGCUCGCGGACCCGGCGGCGCACGGGUUCGAGGACAUCGGGGCCGGGUGCUGCGGCGCGACGGGGCGGUUCGAGAUGGGGUACAUGUGCAACGCGGCGAGCCCGCUGACGUGCGCCGACGCCGGCAAGUACGCGUUCUGGGACGCCAUCCACCCCACCGAGCACCUCCAUCGCUUCAUCGCCGACCGGAAGAUGAACACCACGCUCUACGAGUUCCUGUAGUCAAAUGGUGAUGGAAUGGAACAGGGUUGCAUGAUCCUGCUCGACACACACCAAGAUCCUUGUCAAGAAAACCGA